UUCCUCUCAAACCGCUGUAACAGGGGGAUAUUUAUUUCCUUGUUCCCACGUGUGGUCACUAGCCAGAUCAAUUACAGACCCUGAAAUCUCGGACGGACCCUGAUACUUAUCAUCGUACAUAUAUUAGUUGAUCAAUUGAUCUCAGGAUCAGCUCACCAUGCCUGGGGAAAUUAUUGACAGGCCAAAUCCCAAGGCCGAGCCAUCGCAUAUUCCGGAUCUUGUCGAGCAAUUGCAGGUCAAGUUGCAGGAGACGGCUUUGGAGAAGCCUGACUACGAUGGCCUGCUGAAGUUCCGUCGCGCAGCGGCGUACAUCGCGGCUGCCAUGAUCUUCCUCCAGGAUAAUGUGCUGCUGAAACAGAACCUAAAACACGAGGACAUCAAGCCCAGGCUUCUUGGCCAUUGGGGCACAUGUCCUGGACUGAUCCUCGUAUACUCCCAUUUGAACUAUCUCAUCAGAAAACAAAACCUAGACAUGCUAUAUGUGGUUGGACCGGGACACGGCGCACCAGCCAUGCUGGCUGCCCUGUGGCUUGAGGGCUCUUUGGGGAAAUUCUACCCCCAGUACUCACGAGACAUGGAUGGUCUUCAUCAACUCAUCUCAACUUUCAGCACAAGCGCUGGACUACCAAGUCAUAUCAAUGCGGAAACCCCGGGUGCGAUCCACGAAGGUGGUGAACUAGGCUACGCGUUGGCUGUCUCUUUUGGUGCUGUGAUGGACAACCCGAAUUUGAUCGUCAGUUGCGUGGUUGGUGACGGAGAAGCAGAGACUGGCCCGACCGCGACGUCCUGGCAUGCAAUCAAAUACAUUGACCCUGCAGAAUCAGGUGCCGUCCUACCGAUUCUCCACGUCAACGGCUUCAAGAUCAGCGAGCGCACUAUCUUCGGUUGCAUGGACAACAAAGAGCUGGUCACUUUGUUCACAGGGUAUGGCUACCAGGUGCGCAUUGUCGAGGACCUGGAGGAUAUCGAUGCAGAUCUCCACAACUCUAUGCUGUGGGCGAUUGGGGAGAUCCACAAAAUUCAAAAAGCAGCGCGCUCUGGCAAACCGAUCAUGAAGCCGAGGUGGCCAAUGCUCGUUUUGCGCACACCAAAGGGUUGGUCCGGGCCCAAAGAGCUACACGGUUCAUUCAUCGAGGGGUCUUUCCAUUCGCAUCAGGUUCCUCUUCCCAACGCAAAGAAAGAUAAGGAGGAGCUUCAAGCUCUGCAGAAAUGGCUGUCCUCGUAUGCCCCCCACGAGCUUUUCACCGAAUCGGGAGACAUCAUCGACGAUAUCAAGUCUGUGAUUCCUGCGGAUGACCAUAAGAAGCUGGGUCAGCGUGCAGAGGGCUACAAGGGAUAUGUGGCACCCGAUCUCCCGGACUGGCGAGGAUUUGGCGUGGAAAAAGGCACCCAGCAGAGCGCUAUGAAGACCAUCGGAAAGUUCAUUGACCAGGUCUUUACCCAAAAUCCCCACACCGUCCGACUGUUCUCGCCAGAUGAACUGGAAAGCAACAAGCUAGACGCAGCUCUUGCACACACUGGACGGAACUUCCAGUGGGACCAGUUCUCGAACGCAAAAGGCGGUCGUGUCAUUGAAGUGCUCAGUGAGCACUUGUGUCAGGGCUUCAUGCAGGGAUAUACAUUGACUGGUCGUGUGGGCAUAUUCCCAUCUUACGAAAGCUUCUUGGGGAUUAUCCACACCAUGAUGGUGCAAUAUGCCAAAUUCAACAAGAUGGCUCAAGAGACGACCUGGCACAAACCGGUCAGCAGCAUCAACUACAUUGAAACGAGCACAUGGGCUCGUCAGGAACACAACGGAUUCUCUCACCAAAAUCCAUCUUUCAUCGGUGCCGUGCUCAAACUGAAGCCCACCGCCGCCCGCGUGUAUCUGCCCCCUGAUGCCAACACUUUCUUGUCCACGGUGCAUCACUGCCUCAAGUCCAAGAACUACAUCAACCUCAUGGUCGGGGCAAAACAGCCGACACCUGUGUAUCUGACCCCCGAAGAGGCCGAGAACCACUGCAGAGCCGGUGCAUCGGUCUGGAAAUUCUGCAGCACCGACGGCGGGCUGGACCCGGAUGUCGUGCUGGUGGGAAUUGGCGUAGAGGUGAUGUUCGAAGUCAUCUACGCGGCGGCCAUCCUCCGCAAGCGUUGUCCAGAGCUCCGGGUGCGGGUGGUCAAUGUGACGGACUUGAUGAUUCUUGAGAACCACGGACUGCAUCCCCAUGCUCUGACCACGGAUGCUUUCGACAGCCUGUUUGGCACGGACCGGCCAAUCCACUUCAACUACCACGGAUACCCGACUGAGCUGAAAGGCCUGCUCUUUGGGCGACCCCGCCUGGAUCGGGUGACGGUGGCAGGGUACAUGGAGGAAGGAAGCACGACGACGCCAUUCGACAUGAUGCUGGUGAACCAGGUGUCACGGUUCCACGUGGCGCAGGCUGCGGUGAUUGGAGCGUCGCGGCGGAAUGAGAGGGUUCAAGUGCGCCAGCAGGAGCUGGUGACCGAGUUGAAUCACAAUAUCGUGGAGACACGCAAAUACAUUAUCGACAACCGCAAAGACCCCGACGAUACAUAUGACACGCCCUCGUUCGAUUGAGGCGAGUAGGCAACAGAUCCCAGCAUGGGGGCACAUUGAAAAGAAUGACCCAUGAUUAGAGAUAGACCAGAAUCCC